GUCUACGUGGUGAGGUUUGGAACCUCUAACCUGGUUGUACACCUAUCACCAUGGUUGGGACCCGCAUUGGGAAGGAGACUAAUUUCUACACCCCUGAGCAGCAAGCGAAGAUGGCCGCCAUAGUGAAAGAGAAUAGGGAGAGGAAAGAGCGUGAGAAGCAGGCGAAGCUAAAGGCUAUCGCAGACGAGCGGGCGACGAAAAUGAAGGAAGUGGAGGAGGAGAUGAAGAAGAACGAGAAGGCUGCUGAAGAAGAAGCGGCAGCAGAAGAACAAAAGGAGAGAAUGGGGAUUGAGAGUGGAGAAGGGAGUAGUGGUGGCACGAUGACAAGGGAAACAGAUACAGGGCUAGAGAAGAAGAUCAGCGAGUGGGUUGCUAAUUUAUGGUUGGGUGAAGAGGAAGAGGCGGAGUCCUACGCGACUGAGGAUGAGAGGGCUGCGCUAGCCAGUGAGCUCGCAACAAUGACAGAUCCUAUGGAAAGGCGAGAAAGGGAGGAGCAGAAAUUGGCAUGGAAGUUGAGGAAGAAGCGAGAGAAGAAAAGGAGGAGAGAGGAAGUGAGUAGAAUGGCUGCAGAGGUGGCGAAGGUGCAAGCAUGUAGGCAAGAGAUGAUGGCCCAGCCGACUGAUAAGGCCAAGUGGGACAAAGUACUGGGGUACCUGGAAGUGUUGAGCAAGGCCUGGAUUGAAGAGCGCCAGGCUAGCUGGAGUCAAGAUGUAGCCUUGAGUGCCAUGCGGUUAGGGUUUAGAGACUAUGCGCGCGAGAUCGUCAUCCACAUUGGGGGCGAAGUCAAGCAAUUGAGAGAGAAUGUAGGGAAGUUUUGUGAGGGCGCCAUUCAGGGUGCCAAAGCUGUAGCCGCUAUAGAGGGAGAGGCCAGGCCCCGUAAGGACUCUGUGAAACUUGAGUUCCGAGAUGCCUACGGGGGAAAGAAGGAAGAAAAUUUUGACAACUGGGAAGCCAGUGUCAAUAUAGUUUACUUAGAUGAUAUCCUAGUUUUUAGCAAGACCCUCCAGGAGCACCAGGGUCAUUUGAGGCAGGUCUUGGAGAAGCUUAGAGAGGCUAACUUCAAGAUCAACGCGAAGAAGUGCGAGUGGGCCAAGACGCAAGUCUUGUACUUGGGCCGCGUGUUGGACGGAGAUGGCAUUAAGCCAGAGGACAGCAAGAUCGCGGCGAUUAGAGACUGGCCGACACCCCGCACAUUAACAGAGUUGCGGUCGUUCCUAGGCUUAGCUAACUACUAUAGGAAGUUCGUGAGGAACUUCUCCACUAUCGCCGCCCCCUUGCGCAGAUUGCUAAAGAAAGAGGCAAUCUGGCAAUGGGAUAAAUAUUGUACGUCUGCGCUCAAGAAGUUAAAGCGCGCGUUAAUAGAAUAUCCUGGCCUCAAAGUAGCAGAUCCGUCCUUGCCAUUUGUCGUUACCACGGACGCAAGUCAGUAUGGGAUAGGCGCCGAAGAACAAUAUGAGUUUAGUCGAAGUCAGGAUAUGGCCGUGCGCUCGAUGCGGAUGGGAUUUCGGGACUUCGCUCGCAAACUGGUAGGCGCUGUAGGAGCCGAGGUGAACCAUCGCCUCGAGAAGACUGAACGAUUUUGCGUCGGCGCCAUUGAAGGCGUCAAGGCGACGGCUCCCAAGGAGGAAGAGGCACGUCCUCGCAGGGAGCCAGUCGAAGUCAAGUUCCCUGAUUCCUACAGUGGAAAAAGGGAAGAAAACUUUGACAAUUGGGAGGCCAAUGUCAAGACCUAUGUGCAUUUGCAACAGGUCUCCCCCGAUCAGCACGUGUUGAUAGCCAUUCAUGCGCUUAAAGAUGAGGCUGCCAGUUUUGCGAGAUCCCUAGUCCGCUCUGCCAACUGCAACGAUGAUGCAGUUGCUUACUCGUUGUUCACCUCCCUCAUAGGUUUCAUGAAGUUGCUGCGCGAGCGAUGUGUUGAUGUCGCCCGCAGUGUCAAAGCCUCUGAUAGGCUUCAAACUAUCCAUUCUCGCCAAUGGAAGAGUGCCAGGGCACUGAAGGGAGUUAUGGAUGGAUGGGUGGCUGUUCCUGACCACGGGGUCACAGCGGCCCAGUUGGUCAACCUCUUUUACAAGGCCACGCCCGAAUCCCUGCGAGGCCACUUCUUUGCGAAGAGUCAGGAUCCUGCUAUGACAUACACUCAGCAGGGAAGUGGUGGCCUUUGAGGCAAAGUCUGUGUCAGUUUCCACUUUCUGGCACAAAGACCUGGACAAAGGAAAGAAGUGGAAGGGUCUGACUAUCUCAGGGCAAGUUAAGA